CGUUCACUUCUGGUGUCAUGUUUAUGUCCUUUAUGUCUCGAGAGCCCGAAUGAAAACUGAAGGGAGACUCGGGAUAAAGGAGGCAUGGCGCCCUCCCGUUGCUAUAAAAAGAGAUACUGAUUUGUCUCUGAAAUUCAUCGCAGCAGACUAGUUGCCCUUCAUUGGUGCCCCUCUCCCUAUUCCCAGCCUCUGUUGGAAAGCAAGCGCCGUAAUAUCUGGAAGUUCACCAGGUCGGGCGAGUCCGCCCCAUGAUGUCGCGCAGUUAAGCAGUGGGAAAGUAAAACCACUUGGCCUCGUCGGACGCCGGAGCGGAGAGGGCAAAAGUGACUCCCUUCUUCUAGCUCCCUUCCUUUCUGACGUGCUCGGAAGCGAGCCUGAGCCUGAGUCUGAGGACAGCCUAACCUCGCUUUUAAGGCGUACGAGCCCGGAAGUGGAGAAGGGACAGGCUCCCUGGUGCUGCUUCUCGUAGAGCGACCCGUCGGAGCUGCUUUCCUAGCUUUGACUUGUUUACUAAUAUUUUCUGUGGAAGUCUCAUGGUGAUGCUUGGUGAACAGCAGCUACAAGAGAAAGUGCUUCAAUAUGAAGCAUUUAUCAGUGAUGUUUUGCAGAGAGACCUUAAGAAAGUGUUGGAGCAGCGAGAUGAGGUUUAUGAAAAAAUUGCUCAGUAUUUGCAACUCAAGAACAUUAUUGAACGUUUACAGGAAACAGGAAGCCAGGAGCUGAAUACUCAAGUGGAUCUGGGCUGCCAUUUUUAUGUCAAUGCAGAAGUGCCUGAUACAUCCACCAUAUUUGUAGCUUUGGGUUAUGGGUUCUUUGUGGAACUGACUCUACCAGAGGCGCUAACCUUUAUUGAGAAGAAGACCAAGUUGCUUACUGAGCUCAGUGAAACUCUUACUAAAGAUUCUGCCAGAAUAAAAGCCAAUAUCCGGAUGGUUUUAGAGGGAUUACGUGAACUGCAAGGUUUCAGAGAUCUGGCUGAGGAGAACAGAAGGGACGUUUUCCUCUAGGUAUCCACCUUCUAUGAUCCACAGGGAAUAAUUUUGGUUUUCUAGAAGAAAAUUUGAUUAUGGAUUUCUUGCUGCAGCCGGGACUGCACACAUGACGAGAAACCCUGGUGAACGAGAGACAGCGACAUGAGGUAGUGAUGGGGAAGGGCAGCUCCACUUUUAGUGAGGGUGUUAGGCUCUUUGAACUUCGUCCCGCGUCUGGUUCCAAUUUUAGGGUUUCUUUUUUAAAACAAUUGUAUUAAUAAUAAAGAUUCUGUAUUUGUGCUG